AAGCUGCUGUUCGAGCGGGGGAAGGAGUCCCUGGAGUCUGAGUUCCGCAGUCUGAUGACCCGGCACAGCAAGGUUGUCUCCCCUGUGCUCAUCCUGGACCUGAUCAGUGGUUAUGAUGACCUGGAGGUUCAGGAAGAUGUGACCCUGGAGCACCUGCCUGAGAGUGUGCUCAAGGAUGUCAUCCGCAUCUCCCGCUGGCUGGUGGAGUACGGCCGGAACCAAGAGGCCUUCCUCCUGCAGGUGUCUAUCCUGUCAUCCUUCGAGAGCCGGCUCAUGAAGCUGGAGAACUCCAUCAUCCCCGUGCACAAGCAGACGGAGAAUCUGCAGAGGCUGCAGGAUAAUGUAGAAAAGACAUUAUCCUGCCUGGACCAUGUCAUCAGCUAUUACCACGUAGCCAGCGACACUGAGAAGAUCAUCAGGGAGGGUCCCACAGGCAGGUUGGAAGAAUACCUGGGAAGCAUGGCCAAAAUCCAGAAGGCUGUGGAGUAUUUUCAGGACAACAGCCCAGACAGUCCAGAGCUCAACAAAGUGGUAAGAAAUCAGUGGGAUCCUGUGAGACAGAUGAGACCUCCAUCCCGGGUCCACUUGGCUAUUUUGAGGACUGACCUCCCUAGGAUCAGUAGUUUAGUACACCAGUAGCUGCAAU